AUGCCGGACGAUUACGGGAGCAACGCAGCAGCAUCUGUCGCGGUAAAACUACCGGAUUUUUGGAAAACUGAUCCGGCUAUGUGGUUUGCGCAAUCGGAAGCGCAAUUCCACCUUGCGAAAAUCGUCAAUGAUGAAACCAAGUUUUACCACAUGGCCAAAGUGGAUCAAUCGGUUAUAUGUCACAUAGCCGAUUUGGUAGCUGUUCCUCCAGCAGAAAAUAAAUACAAAACAGUGAAAGAUCGCCUAAUUGCUCGCUUCGCCCUGUCUGCUGAAAGCCGCUUCGAACAGCUGCUGGGGGCCCACGAUCUUGGCGAUAUGCGCCCAACGCAUCUGUUAGCAAAGAUGAGAGAGUUGUCGACGGGUUGGGCGUGGAUAACAAUCUGCUCAAAAUGA